CCAGAUUUGUUGACCUGCUCGCUCCCGAGUUCACCUGGAGUUCACCUUACUCUUCAAGUACUUUUAGUACUUUUAAAAGUUAUUCAGCCGCUUCAGGGCCUUGUAAAAAUGUCCGAGUCCCCAGGAAACGUCCAGGGAUCGCUAGCUGCCCUGUACGAGUCUCUCCAGACGUCAGUCCUACAGCUGUUCACGGACCCAACCCAACUGUCCCCGGGCCAGGCUGUACUGGUCGCCGCCUCUGCGCUGUUUGUCGGGGCGGUGGUGUGGACCUGCUGCGGCGGGCAGAGGCGGACAAAAGUCAAGUUAAGGGCAGAGUUUACACCAGGAAAAAUAUACUACCACGUACCGCCACCUGUAAAGGCCAUCCCAUGUCUGACUCCGUUUGGUAUGAAGCUGGAGACAUAUCUGCGUAUGGCUGAUAUUCCGUACGAGCCCAUGUAUGGGAGGAGUAUGGGCCCAAAGGGUAAAAUCCCAUGGAUAGAGUACAACGGGGAAGCCAUGGCAGACUCUGGUCUCAUCAUGGAGUUCCUGAACAGGGAGAAAGGUGUGGACCUGAACCGGACCCUGAGUGAUGCAGACAAGGCUGUCAGCAGGGCCUUCACUAAGAUGGUGGAGGAGAACACAUACUGGGGUCUGGGCUGGUACAGGUGGAUAGACAACUUUGACCAGCUGCACCACCUGUUUGAGGUCCCGUGGGUGGUGACAUUCUUCCUGUGGUAUGUCAGGGGCAACAUCCGGCGGACCCUGUGGGCACACGGCAUCGGCCGCCACUCUAAGGAGGACAUUGAAGGCAUCAUGGAAAAAGACCUUCGGGCCAUUUCAACUUUUCUAGGUACUAAACCUUAUCUGAUGGGAGAUGAGCCUACCGAGGUGGACGCAGCAGUGUUCGGUCAGCUGUCCGAGAUAGUUUGGACAGCGCCCGGCUCCUACCUACACAGGAUUGUCACUGUGGGCUGUCCCAACCUGCAGGCCUACUGCAGCCGUAUCAAGGACCACUAUUGGCCAGACUGGGACCAGCUGACUAAGAAAACUAAAAAGGACGAAUGAGGACAUGUCUCUGUAAUUAAGAUGUUACAUUCCAAUAUUUCUCUUGGUAAAGAAAAACAAUUCCCAGGCACCAUUCAAUGUUGGUUAUUUGUAUAAAUCAGUAUGAAAUACUUCUUUAAAAGUGAUAAUCAAUAAGUAAUAUACUAUACAUUUUAAAGUAGAAAUGCAUAACCUCUGACUUUGCAAAAACCCAGCAUAUGAUGAUUUUGGGCCAAUAAUUUAUGAUAUGAUAAGAUUAAUGAUGUUAUUUAUUGAUGUUGAAUGUGUUAUUGACUUAUGUGUAUGAUAUAAAUGUUGCUAAAUGAUGCUAUCGGUUAAUUGUAUUAAUUUAGCUAAUUGUGUUUUUCCCAUCAGAAACCCAGCAAAUGAUGAUUCAGGUUGAUAUGUCACAAUGUAACUUGUUAAAUGAUGUUAUUAUUUGAUGUUAAACGUGUAAUUUAUUAUAUAAUUUUUAUUUUUAUUAAAUUAGUGAAUGAUAAUGACUAUAGAUGCAGAACCCAGUGACAGAUGAUGAUGAUGAUAAGUGAUUACAAUGUUUUGCCAAUAUAAUUAAAAUAAUUCAUUUUAUUUUAUGGAAGAGGACUCCAAGAAGUGUAUAUUUUGUAUGUCAAUACUACUGGAGAUUUCUUAAUAAACAAACAAA